AUGGAGCUGAAAGAUAUUAUGAAAGGUUUCGUCAGCCGUGCGUAUGCGCUCGUUGACAGCGGCAGUCUGCUGUUUGAGAGCUUCUUCUCGGCGGGUAAACGAGGCUACCACCUCACGAGUAGGUAG